UUUUUGCAUUGCAGGGGGUUCGGCUAGAUGUCCUCGGGGCGGGGGUCCCUUUCCAACAACCCUACAAUUCUGUUGCAAUUCCACCCUCGAUUUCCCCCUUUUUUGCAAACCGCUCUUCUUCUUUUUUGCAAUGUAUACAUUGCGUGAGCUGAAUAAACAAACACAAAGCAAUAGAUUCCCUAGCCAAAAAAAGGGGGGGUGGAGAGAGAGUGGAGGAGGCAGCUGCCCGCACGCGCCUCUCUCGCCUUCCUUGCUCGCAGGAAGAGGAAGGAGCAGCCGUCCUCCUCUUUCCGCGCGUCCCUUUCUCUCUCCUCCUCCUCCUCCCGCUUCGCCGCGCGCUCUGACGACAGAUCCGUGCGCAGCCAGAGGCCACGUUGGCAACUGAGGACGCUGCCGGAGGAGCCGCUUUGCGCUUGAGCUUUUGGGGCUGACUCUUGAUUUGCAGCAAGCAGCAGCAGCUUCCGAGCGAGCAUGUCUUCGCCGCCUAAAGUCAAAACAGAGACCCGGGCUGGACACCCUCCUGCUGGUACUGCUGACCUUCCCCCGAUCUCUCUCUCUUUCCUUCUCUCUUUCCACCUCUCCAGAUCUUGGCUUGGCCAAACGGGAGUUUGUUGUUGGGAGGGGUGAUUAGGGGAGGAGGGGGAAGCUGGUAAGUUUUUUAAAAUUAAAAAUCACCCCCCCACACACACACACACAUACACAAUAUUUGCAUGUCGUCCUAAAUGGAGAGUGGGCCGGGGUGUGGGUGUGUGGACAUGUUUUGUGUGCGCAUCAGGGAAGGAGGCGGGUGCCCGAUUCUUUUUAAAGCUGCAAAUCCUGUGCACGUUUACUUGGGAGCAAGCCCCAUGGAGCAGAGUUAGGGUUGUUGUUGUUUUUCUGAGCACAAGAAGCAAGCCCAUUUUCAUUGAGGUGACGGGGGCGGCUGCAGCCCAAAGUGUGCUUACCAAAGAGUGAGCCCCGUUGAAGCUGCGGGGCUUUCUUCCGGGUAAGCAGGAUUGCAACGUUACUGUCUAGUCAACAUGCUGAGGAUCGGGGCGCACGGAAGGUGCUGCACUCUUAAUACGUGCUUCCUUCCGCCUCUUCUUAAAUCAACAAAAGUUUUGUACAGUAGGGCCUAUGCGUGUUCAAACUUUUGCAAAAGUAGGACUUUGUACACCCCACCCCCCCGCUUUCCACUUGAGGACGCCAUGCCAACGUAUGCAAGAAAACAGAUCCCGCAAGUGUCUUGUGUAAAGCCACUUGGAGGUCACCGGAUGGAUCCUCAUAGGAGUCUAGUUUAUAGACACCAUAGCACAGAGGAACACUGCAAAGUGUGUGUGGAUGCCAUAAUACAGUACAGAGAGUUACUGUGUACUAUUGCAGCCAGAUUGUAUAAGCUUUUUUCAAUGAGUUUAAUAGUGCUUAUUCUCAGGUUGGCUGCAGUCCUAGACACACUUUAGUUACAUUCUGUGCAAAAGCAAUAUUUGAAGCUACUGUUAAAUAAAACAGUAUACAAAUAAUAAUAAAACUUCAAAAAAAUCCCCAAAGUGACUGUCCAAAGAAUUUGCCAUGUCCUAAAAGUAGAGGUUAAAACAAAAUGUCAAAAAAGUAAGCAAGUUUCUUAUUUUGUGUUAAUCUUUCCAUGAAAGCGCAGAAAAUUCUUGCUACUGAUUUAAUUACUGCCGUGCUUUUCAUAAAUUAUUGUUGGAUUUUCAAAAAUAAAAUAAAAACUCCUGAAGCAAAAAUUUCAGUAGAAAAAGAUUAAAAACAUUCCCCUCCACCCUGAGCAACAGGAAUGUAAUGGCUUUGUGUCCACAUGCUGAUUUAUUCAUUUGUCUAAUUUCAACAUUUGUUGUUCAGAGCAAAGUCUAAGCAACUUCCCAAACAUUGUGCAAUACAGUAUUCUGAACAUGGAGCUGUCUUGAAGCUGCUGUGCUUGUAAACCCUUUGGAUUUCAGAAAUCACCAAAGGAAAAACAAGAACUGCAUUUUUUAGUGUCUCUUCAUUUAACUUCCCUUUCAUCUUCCUGGAUUAUAUUGCUCACUUGCAGUUACUGUGUACUAUUGCAGCCAGAUCGUAUAAGUACUUCUCUUACUUCAACCUUUAACCUUCCCAGUCUGUUCUUGACCUGCUGUUUCAUGAUGCCUUAAUCUUGAAAGUCCUAUGCUGAAAGUAAGGGAAAUAGUUUAAAGAAAUUUCAUUAUUAUAAGAGGAAGGCGAGAGAUCUAGAACAGUGGUUCCCAGUUAGUUAAGUACUGCAGACCCCCUGUUUGCCAAAAGCCAAGCCUUGGACUCCCUACUUUUGAAAUUUUCCCUAUCCCUAUGGUAGUUUUUGUUACAUGAAUGGUGCCACAGAUCUCCUGGGGUCCACAGACCCCCAAUUGGAACCAAUGAUCCAGGACAUUUCUCCUUAUAGUCCUUUUUAAUUUCCUGGAAGUGAAGAAUACUUUUAUUUUUCUAAUUGUUUUCUAAGUAUCCCUCCCCCCCUUUCUACUAUAUAUAAAGAACUGUGUAAACUGAAGGCAAUGAAGAAGGAAAAGUAAAAAUUAUUGCGAGCUGUAGAAGGAGCAUGUUUGACUUGAGCUCUGUAGUUUGAGAGAGGACCAGCUGUUGCUUAGGUAAACAGCUGAUAAGUGUUGGUGGUGUUGAGGAGUUGAACCGUACAUUGAGAGAUCAAUUGUAUCCACAAGAAACAGGCAUAAAGCAAGCCAGUGCAAAUUAAGCCGGCACAAAGUUAUACUAGAACCAGACUCCAUUCAGCUGCGAGGCUACUGGUGGUUGAGCUGGCCUAAGCCUAGGAAAAACAAGCCUUUAAAGUACUGUUUGAGUUACACCACCCUUCUUGCUAACUUAACUUACGCUGGGUUGCCAGGUCAUAUGACUGUGUUGAACAAGCUUAGGACCCAGCCAAUUUCCCUUCCCCUUGCCCCUGCCAUGUUCCUUUUUCAGGAACACUGGCUAAAUUACACUGGAGGGAAAUGUUGAAAAAUCAGUGUGUGGCACUACUUUGCCCCCUCCUAUUUCCCCCUCCCUGCAGAUCUUUGCACAGUUAAUUGUUCAGAAAUUGUCUCUGAAAAUGGGUGGCCCCUAGUUAAUCAGCUGUGAGCAUACUGCUUUUUUAAGGGCCGGUGUGUGUGCUCCCACUUCUUCACUUUCUCCAGAACUGCCCCAAAGUGGCUUCUUGGCUUUCCCCUGCUUCUGGCAAUCCUGCACAGUGUUUUUAGGCUCAAUCUAGCACAUUGUUAUGUGGACUCAAGCUCCAUGGGUUUCAGUGAGAUUUGAGUGCUCAUAAUUGUGCAAUGGAUUGCGGUGUUCAUGUACAGAGAGGAAAACAAGAGAAGUAGCCUGGACAGAAAUUACCGAUCAACCCUAGAGAGGAAGAGGGGCCCAUUAAUGUGUUGUGUUAAUAGGCACUUAUUACAAUCACAAGUCCCUAUAGACGAACAAGCACAAGUCCCUCUGCUUUAGAAAAACAUGUAAGGUGUAGGCAAUCAGCCUAAAGAUAGUUCAUGUGCAUCAGUACAGUCUGAAAGAUGGAGAUGUUUUUACAGGCCUAGUAAACAAAAUAUUGGGCUCCAGCUAAGCACUUUCAAAAAGAAGAUGGAAGAUUUCGAAGUCUUCACACAGACAAGUUCUAUAUUAGAAAACCAGGUGGAUAUAUAGAUCUCCACCUUAUGAAAUAGGCCGCUAUUAUUUAAAUGUCGAAAGAAGUCAGGGCUAAGACCAAGUCUAGGUCAAGUGGCACCCACCCUGUGGAAUGCCCUCCCAUCAGAUGUCAAGGAAAUAAACAACUUUUCUGACUUUUAGAAGACGUCUGAAGGCAGCCCUGUUUAGGGAAGUUUUUAAUGUUUGAUGUUUUAUUGUAUUUCUAAUAUUUUGUUGGAAACCGCCCAGAGUGGCUGGGGAAACCCAGCCAGAUGGGCGGGGUAUAAAUAUAUUAUUAUUAUUAUUAUUAUUAUUAGUCAUGGGUAGGUCCAAAUCUACACCUGUAUUGACUUUGUGCUAUUGCCCAAAGUUUCGAUGAUGCUGGAACUAAAUGCACUUAGAUAGGAAGUACAUUUCUGGAUGGUCUGCAAAACAAUACACACACACCCUUUAAAAAAAUACUGUCGUUCUGGGAAUUGUUGUUGAAGGGAAUCUGGAUCUUUGGGGAAAAUGCUAUUGUUAUUCAGAAUGAUGAAUGGGUUUAGGGAUCUAUAUUGAGGGAUAUCUCACUGAUUUCCAACGGGAAAAUGUCCCGUGUAAUGUAGUAAUUCACACAAGUGCUUUUCAGCUAUGUACAUGCAUUGUGGUUUAGUGUUGACUACUUUGUUAAACCACAGAGCCUAGGGCUUGCCGAUCAGAAGGUUGGCGGUUCGAAUCCCCAUGACGGGUUGAGCUCCCGUUGCUCGGUCCCGGCUCCUGCCAACCUAGCAGUUCGAAAGCAUGUCAAAGUACAAGUAGACAAAUAAGUACCGCUCCGGCGGGAAGGUAAACGGCAUUUCCAUGCGCUGCUCUGGUUCGCCAGAAGUGGCUUAGUCAUGCUGGCCACAUGACCCGGAAGUUGUACACCGGCUCCCUCAGCCAGUAAAGCGAUAUGAGCACUGCAACCCCAGAGUCGUCCGCGACUGGACUUAACUGUCCAGGGGUCCCUUUACCUUUAAUUUAUCCCACAUCCCGCACUGCCACCAACUGCAAGUGAUUGGAUUGUCCCCCCACAAUCCCUGGGAAAUUAAUCAGUGGAGUUAAAAAGAUUGGGAGUUUUUCAUCCCAAAUCCAGAUAACAUUAUCGGCAGCCAAAAUACAGUUCACAGGCUAUGUUUCCAACAAGGGUUUUCAAGUGUCUUGAUUUGUUUUGGAUGCACUGUCCCUGUGAAAACAGCUUUAAGAAUUUGAUUUUCCCUAAACUGCUUUGUGCCACCAUACUCAUCUGUUAAAUGCAUUGUAGCAGUUUGACUCAGUAGGAGUGAAGCUGAGUAUGGCUUAAAAGUCUAGAUUCAGUUUUCAGAAACUGCAGAAAUAAAGUGAGAUGGCUGUAAAAGAAAGCCUUUGGUUUUGGUGGUCUUUAUAGCAGGCUUGGUACUGGCCUCGGCCGUGCAACUAAAAGGUUGAGGGAGAUUGAAGUUACCUAUAACGAGCUGUUAGCUCGAAGCUCCUGCUAUUGGAAUAUGAGUUAUAGGAAAUGAAAAUCACUGCUGUUUUUAUUUUCUAUUCCUCUCAGGCAGUAAGAUGAAAAUAAUGUUGUAUCACUUCUGUGUUUCAUUCUCACAAUUAUGUAGAACGAAAACAGCAUUUGUAUAGUGGUCAUCACAAUAUCUGGUCCAUUUGGACCAUCAGAAAUGCUCAUGGGCGAAUUCUGAUGAUGCAGUACUAAUUUCUAAUGUUCCAUGUGGCUUUAAUGUGUUUGCCUGCCAUCAUGCAGCGUAUCUGACAGGCCCCUUUAUUUUUGUUGCAGUCAAAGCUGGUGGAAUGAGAAUCGUGCAGAAACAUCCACAUGUCGUAGAAACCAAAGAGGAGAAAGAGAAGGAGCAGGAGGACUGGGAAACUCCUGGCACCAGGUGAAGGCCUUUCCAUCAUGUGUAUUAUUAUAAAUGAGCAAGGCGAUUACUCUUUUUCCAGCAAAGCACAGUUGUGGGGAAUUGGACAGCUUGGGUGAACACGGAGGCAGCCCUAUGGCAAGAUCUGCCAAAAUGCAACAGAUCUCCGUCUCAGCCAAAGAUGCAGCCGUGGAACUUGCUCAGCUGGGGCUCAGCUAGCUGAGCUGAGGCUGGUGUGAGUCCCCCAAAAGGGGUGAUCUGGGAGCAGGACCAGAGCAGGGGUAGGGCUGGGGACUUAGACUGGCUCUGGUGUAACUUUACGCUAGCUGAACCUACUCUGCCUCCCUUUACGCAAGGUUCUUGUUCAUAGCAUGGCUCCCUAAAUAUAAUAACACACACUCAACAAUCCACAUUUAUUUGUGCUAAUCCAAGUGAUUGCUUGACAGUUUUCAAUGGCAUCUAAAGUGGAUGCAAGGUAGAGAAUUCAGUAAGAACUGAAAAGAGUUGGAAAAAUAGAAUUCCUGCUUUGGUGGGGGGGGGUGUGUUUGCCUGUUUCUUUUUAAAAUCUGUUUUGGCUGCCACUUCUUUUUACCUUUGGGCCAGCCAAGCCAGGUGGUCUAUUGAAGAUUGAGGUGGGGUUGCAGAUAUGUAGGGAAAGGGCUGUAGGUAGUUAAACAUUUCUUGUAUGAGCACAGAGCUAUUCAGGGGCUUCUUGAAAUAGGCUUUAGUGGAAAAUGUUCAGGAAGGGAAUGAAUAGGACCAGUAGCAGCUUAUAAACCUCUGGUGAUUUCCUCCAGAUUCUGAGCAUGGAAUAACUGCACAAGCAGAGAGUCUCACUUCUCACACGCAUCUGCUUGGCCGCAGGUCUUUUCCUGCGUUCCGCUGCUACUUACUCAGUAGAAAUUAAAAUGGACUUUAUUUACUUGUUUUUUUUCAUGUUUUGCUACAUAGAACCAUAUUGCUGAUGGUCAGAUAGGCAUGGGGGGUGGGAAUAUGAUUUAUAAAAAGAAACGUCUGAUUUCGAAAACGUGCUAAUAAUGUGUGUGCUAUAUCCUAAGAUUUUUAAAAUCUAAAGUUUUACAUUUAAACGAUUAUUCGAAGGUUGACUUUUUAAAAAGACACCCCACCCCAUGUUAACUGCCUUCUGUUUUUCAACUGUCCUCGUAUUCCAGCACUCCCAGCAAAAACUGCAAAACAUUUGGCAGGGGCAAUUAGAAUAAGAUCUAUUAUUUGAUUAUUGAUGUAAAGGUCCAAAAUGUAUUUUGUAUAGUUAAGUUUUUACCUCUUAUCUUCAGUACAUUUUAUUUUAUUUUAUUGCCAUGGCUAGUGGCUGAUGCAAAUAAAAGUUAUUCUGAUCUGAUCUGUUCCAGCACUCUUACAGUGGGCUUCCAGAUGCCUGCAUGAAAAACUUGGAUGGGGCAUGAAAACUACACUCCUCCCCCCUCUGCCGUUCAUCCCUAGCACAAUGGUAUUCAGAGGUACCACAGAGGCAUGUGGUGUUCUUAAUAUGAUGCAGUGCUUAUAUAGCUUGCAUUUAGUAAGCUUGGCCAAGAGGCUGACCUUUCUUAUCAACUGACAUUUGCCCAGUGGAUAACAGAGGGGGAAAAUCAAUACAGAAAGUACACAUUUAAAUGCAUAUAAAAUAAGUACUCAAGGUCCAUGAAUAUUAUUUUACCCGAAUACUUAAGGAGAACGUAACACUGCUAUUCUAGGCUAAAUCAAAGAUCCAUUUAGCGCAGCGCCAACCGGAUUUCUUUGUGAACCCCAGAAGCAGAUCGUGACUACUUCGGCAAUAGCUCAGUUGGUUAGAGCAGGCAUAGGCAAACUCGGGCCCUCCAGAUGUUUGGGACUACAAUUCCCAUUAUCCCUAGCUAACAGGACCAGUGGUCAGGAAUGAUGGGAAUUGUAGUCCCAAACAUCUGGAGGGCCCGAGUUUGCCUAUGCCUGGGUUAGAGCGUAGUGCUGAUAACGCCAAGGUGACAGGUUUGAUCACCCUAUGGGAGCAUAUUCCUGCAUUGCAGGGGGUUGGACUAGAUGACCCAUGGGGUCCCUCCCAACUCUGUGAGCACAGCAGCCUUUACUGCUGUUAAUCGCCAGUGUCUGGUGUUCAGAGGCAAGGUGCCUCUGAUCUUGGAGGAAAUAUAUAUCCAUCAUGACUAGUAGCCAUUUGUAGACUUAUUGGCCACGCAUUGUCUUAUCCCUCGUUAAAGCCAUCUUUAAAUUGGUGGUUCUCACCACUUAUUAUGGUAACAAAUCCCAUAUUCUAACUAUACGCUUAACUGUGUCUUAAGAAGCAUUUCCUUUUGCCUGUCUUGAAUCUCCCACUGUUCACAAUGUGAAACACUUGGAGCACUUUGGAGGAAAAAACGCUGUAAGUGUACAAUUAUUUAGGACUAUGCGCCGGUCGUCCGUUUACUGGUCAGGCUGUUCCAGGUAGGUUUGUGCUCCCACGAGCGCCGUCUGUGUUCUGCCCUUGAAUCAACAGCGCCUCAUGGAUAACAGCAUAAAGCAAAGAAUGAAGAUGUAAUAAGCCAGUAGGGUACAAUUUCUCACAUCGACCUCUAGGCAAAGAUCAUUAAACAAAGCCAAAAGCACAGUCCAUAUCCAAGUGGAAAGCCAGACUGGCAGGAAGCCAGGAAGCCAAUAAUGUCCAGGUGUGUCUGAAAUUGCAGAGCAACCCCCUACUUUGCAGUUAAAAGGGAAUGGUAUCGUUUUCUCUUCAUUUCAGGUCCUUUGAAAUACAGAAACCCAAUCAGGAGCAAGGGAUACAAGCUAGUAAUAAAUUUUGAACAAAGAUUGAUGGUUCUUUCCCCCCCAACAUCAAGCCAAGGAGAGGGGUGCAAGCGGAAUGUCUAUACUGUAUGUUUCUAAUAGUUGAAAGUCCAGCAAUAUAGAGAGAACCAUAUGUUCCCCAUUCCUGAUCUGCACUUACUGGCAGAAGCUUGGGAUUAAUCCUGGAAUCUUUUGCAUGCAAUGCGAAGGCACAAGUGUUGUAUAUUUCUUGAAAUCUUCUUAUGGCUGCAGCCAGAGACUGGGGUGGCUAUUGCACGAAGGGUUGGAUCCAGAUCAAGUUAGCUGCUGUUAAGUUCUAUUGAACUCAGUGGGACUCUGCAUGCAGUGCAAUACUGCAAAUGGCUACUCAGAAGUAAGUCCCAUUGUAUUUGUUGGGACAGUAGACCCUAGAAAAUACGUUUGGGAUCGCAGCCUUAGUCAUGACUAACAUUUCAAACAGAUUCUUUUUUCCAGUUGCCAAAAAACAAAUAAAUCACACAAGGAUUUUCUCCUCUCUCUGAACAUUGUACACACCCACCGUUUACUUCGGGUGAAACCAUGAUGUUUUAAGGAAUUGUAAGUGUUUGCAAAAAGGAAUCUUACUAGGGUAGUCUUGUGGGAAUAACCUUUAGAGAAUUAUUUGUAUUAGGUUCUUAGCCAAUAGGUAAGUUCCCAGCUAAUUAAAGUGGGGAGCCAGAAGAUAACCAGCCAAAGAUAACAACUGAAUUGUUGGCAGAGCAACAAAGGUUAAUAUAUUGGCUUCAAAAUAAUUCAUGGAGAGUGUUGAAUCAAGAUGUGGUCUAGCCCUGUUCUCUCACUUCUUAGCUGGAACUGAGUUGUAGUCCAAAACAUCUGGAAGGCACCAGGUUGGCAAAGAUUAGGGUAUAUAUACUUAGUGGAAGUGUCUCCCCACAAGGGCACCUAACCUUCCCCUCUUGGCCCAGUUUGUGUCUAUUUGCGGGGCUCAAGAUUUGCGUGGGGUUGUAAAUUUAGGCUUGAUUCAUAGGAGCGUUCUCCCUUGACAUUGAGCAGUAGGCUUCUCGUGGCUUGGGCCUAUGCGUUCUGUACAGUCAUACCUCGGAAGUUGAACAGAAUUCAUUCCGGAAGUCCGUUCGACUUCCCAAAUGUUUGGAAACCAAAGCGUGGCUCCCAAUUGGCUGCAGGAAGCUCCUGCAGCCAAUCGGAAGCCCCGUCGGACAUUUGGGUUCCAAAGAACGUUCGCAAACCGGAACGCUCACUUCCGGGUUUGCAGCAUUCGGGAGCCAAAACAUUCAACUCACAAGGCGUUCAAGAUCCAAUAUACGACUGUACUCAGUUAUUAUUAGUAGUAUAUUUAUUUACGCCAAGCCAUUUCCCCUGACAGGGAUUCAACACAUAAAUGGACUGACGUAGACAUUCUAACCUACCCUUCUCCACUGUCUAUGCGCAGGAUCCUUUUUUAGUAUGAACUCAUGUUCUUUUAUAUGAGCCCCAACUUGUAGUCUGAAGUGCUACACCCCAGACAGACGCAUAGUUACCACUGUGGUGAACAUUUGAUCGUAGGGACAAGGCAGACUGAAGACAGUGUUAAUCACACUCCUCUGCUGCAUUCGCACUCUGCACUGUGGAUGGCAGAAGAAUUGUGUUGAACUUAACAAAUGGUGAGCGAAUAAAUCCUGAAUGUAAGUUAGCGUGAUUGAGAAACUCAUAAUGGAGUCCCAUCUUAGUUUGUUUAUUGACUUUGAACUUGGCCCAGUAUAUAAAAUCCCUAAAUAAAUAUUACAGCUUUUCAGCCUCUGUGUUUCUGAUAAAAAAUGAAACAUUUAUGCUAUUAUUUUAAGAGCUGGUUUUGUGCAGUUGCCUUGCUUCUUCUCACUUUGUUUAUUCAUUCAGCGCCAGAUCCUGGUUUUGAUUGGCAGUCGUAUGUACACUGGCUGUGCUUGGCCGUGUCAUAUUUAUUAAGAUGAAGAACUUUAAUUAAAACCUUAGAUUAGGAAUUCCUGAGAGAGCAAUAGAUCAUUUUGCAAGAUCAUUUGUUGUCACAAGUGGUGACAUGGGGGUGGAAUAUUCUGAGCUAUUUAGACUGAAAUGAUCAUAACUGUUGGAUUGGGCCUCUGGAGUUGCUUGCGUGAGGCAGGCGUAGAAUUACAUGCCGACUUGUCUGUCAAAAUCUAGAAAGUUAAUGCAACAGAUACACUUGAAGGACAAACAAGCAGCAUUUCUGUUGAAUUAUUAAAGCCUUUAUUAGCCUUUGCUUGUGCGCCCCAAGAAAUAUAGGCAGUAAUUAGUUUAGCAAAGAAAUAUGGGUGGCCUCAAAAGGCAUUUCCUUUCCUUUCUUUCUUUCUUUCUUUCUUUCACAAACAAGAUUGUUUGCAUUUAUUUGAUCUGAGCUGGAAAGGGAGCUUCCUCAGUGGUGCUAUUAUCCAAAACUGUGGUUCUUGCUUGUGCAUUUAUUGCUGCUAUAGUUUAUCUUCUAUAUUUCAAAGUCAAAACUGGCUUUAGAUAAUUGGCUAGGAUAAGGACUAUGAUCGUUUUGAGGCAAAUGAGGUAUAAAAUGAAAGCACGGAACCAGUAGGCUUGCUAGUUUGCACAAACAAAAAGAUAAACAUGACAAAAGAUUGGCGGAGGGGGAAACGCUCAACUCUGAGAUCAAUUCAUAGUUUAUUUGGCUGUGAAAUAUCCUGCUUCAGUUGAUUGAAAUGAGUCUUCCAUAACCAUUGGCUCAGCUACCAUUUGGAACUGAGAAAGUGGACUCUGAUCCAUGAAAGCUUAUUCAGGAAUAAAUUUGUUAGUGUUUACGACGGUGCAAAGCUCCUUGGCUCUGUUCAAGUGUUUGCCCAGACACGUGACAUUGUAAACGAGGACAGGACAGGAGCUGGCUUGGAAGCGCCACCCACAGUGGGUGUGCCAGUUGUCCUUUAGACCUCCAUGAGAUUAGUACACAGGUCUUUAGAGAGUUCUUAACCAUGUUGACUUCAGGGCGCCUAGAAAACACUUUGGAAUGCUCCUAGAAGACUCGCUGCAGUUGGCAGCCCUUGUCUAAUCAGGGUUCCGAUCACGGGGAGAGUUUCUAGGCAUGUUCUACUGUACAUGCUUGGAACCUUUUACGGACCUGUGUGCUGAUCACAUUAUCCUCUAAAGGGCAGCCUAUGUGCUGGGGGACAUUGGAGGCAUUGCAGGUGCUGGCAAAUUCCUGAACACAACACUUGUUGCAGGAGCAGGCUAAUACGGCCAUUCCUCUGGGUGGAAUGUUUUCUAUGAACUUUCCAACUGCACAGACUUUUCUUUUACAUUCUCCAUCAUGCAAGGGCUAGGGUUGGGCAAGAAUGUUGGUAAAAAGGAGAACAGAGGAGGAAGAAAGGAACCCUAUUGCUACCAUAAAGGUAAAGGUACACCUGACUGUUAGGUCCAGUCGUGGACGACUCUGGGGUUGCGCUCUCAUCUUGCUCUGUAGGCCGAGGGAGCCGGCGUUUGUCCGCAGACAGCUGUGGCCAGCAUUUCUAAGCCGCUUCUGGCGAGCCAGAGCAGUGCACGGAAACAGCGUUUACCUUCCCGCCACAGCAGUACCUAUUUAUCUACUUGCACCUUUGACGUGCUUUCAAACUGCUAGGUGGGCAGGAGCUGGGACCGAACAAUGGGAGUUCACCCCGUUGCAGGGAUUCGAACCGCUGACCUUCUGAUUGGCAAAGUCCUAGGCUCUGUGGUUUAGACCACAGUGCCACCCGCGUCCCACUACCAUAGUCACCUGUUAAGCUGCAGAGUACAAAUGAAUUAUUAUCAGUGAUAUUAAUACUUGAAUGGGGUUCGUGUGUGUGUGUGUGUGUGUGUGUGUGUGUGUGUGUGUUUGCCUUCUCCAGAGAGCUCAGGACUGUAUAUGUUUGCUAACCUACUUUCCACUCACAAUAACGUUAUGAAGUAGCUUAGGCUGAGAGAGAGAAACCAUCUAAAAAUGAACAAGUGAGCUUCAUAGCUGAGCAGGGAUUUUUAUCCCGGUCUCCUGAACUUGAGUCUAGCACUAUACCACACUGGGUCUCUGAGGAACGUGUGUGUGUGUGAGAGAGAGAGAGAGAGCGCGCGGAUUAGGUCAUGAGGGCUAUUAGUGAAAAUGGUUUUAAUAGUCCAGAGACCUUCAAGUUCUAGAGUUAAAUAUUUGAUUUUGUACGGAAAGAGGGUAAGAGAAUUUUUUUAAAAAAUGCAAGCAACCUCCCUAGCAUUUUUUCAUUGUUCCAGUCUGUUUUUUUAUUUUUUUAAAUACAGUGGUGCCCCGCAAGACGAAUGCCUCGCAAGACGGAAAAACCGCUAGACGAAAGGGUUUUCCGUUUUGAAGUUGCUUCGCAGGACGAAUUCCCCUAUGGGCUUGCUUCGCAAGACGAAAAUACCUUGCGAGUCUUGAGAUUUUUUUCGCUUUUCCCCCUUUAUCUAAUCUGCUAACCCGUUAAUAGCCUUUAAUAGCCUUUUAGCAGCUAAUCCCCUAACCCUUUAAGCCUUUAAUAGCCGCUAACCCGCUAAUAGCGCUAAUAGCGCUAAUCCGUCAAUGGGCUUGCUUCGCAAGACGAAAAAACCGCUAGACGAAGACUCUCGCGGAACGGAUUAAUUUCGUCUUGCGAGGCACCACUGUAACAAAAUUUAAGCUAGUAACCAUUGUAAAAGUUGGUUAUGAAUCUCUAUAUCUUGGAAUACAAGCUGUCCAGCUUUCUCCCUGUGUCUUUUAAAAAAGGUCCUCCAUCUUGCUUUACAGUAGAUCCAAGUUUAAAGGCAUCAUCUGCUGCUAUCCCAUCUAGUUCUCUUUCAGUAUUUCUUUCUUUUGUCCGUAUUUUUACUCUAGAUCGGUUUCAAGGCCUUUGACCCCAUGUACCACAGUGUGACUUAGGUUUGUACAGUGGUACCUCGGGUUAAGAACUUAAUUCGUUCUGGACGUCUGUUCUUAACCUGAAACUGUUCUUAACCUGAAGCACAACAUUAGCUAAUGGGGCCUCCUGCUGCCGCUGCGACGCCACCGCACGAUUUCUGUUCUCAUCCUGAAGCAAAGUUCUUAACCCAAGGUACUAUUUCUGGGUUAGCGGAGUCUGUAACCUGAAGCGUAUGUAACCUGAAGCGUAUGUAACCUGAGGUACCACGGUAUUAAAAAUACACACAAAAGCGUGGUCUGAAUCUGGCAUGCCUUUACUCCAGCAGUUUACACCAUUGGAUCUUCAGCAUGGUUGGGUCAUGACCCACAAGUCGACUGCUCUCGCUAGUGGCAUCGUUUUGUUUUUAAUUUGGUUUAAAAAGAAGAGGGGAAGUGAGGGGUACAAAAACAGACGUGUUUAAAAAAUAAAAAGUGGCGUCCAUCUUGGAGCUUGACGUUCAAGGCAAGGUCUAGAUCUAAAAAGGUUACUGUUGUGUGGCAGAAAUUAAAUUCUAACUAUUGCAAACACACCUGUUCUCUCUCUCUGUCCUUCUGCCCCAAGGCAGGUUGAUAAGUAGUACAAAUAUUCAAGGUGAACAGAAUGCUCCCAGCAACUAAAGGGGCUGUAGAACAAGUUGUUCCAGUUGUUCUCUUGAUCUGUUUGUUGGUAGCUUUCAAAAUGACCUCUCUGCAGUUACCUUGCUUAACCACCCCCAAUAGUGACAGAGAGCUUUGAAGGUCAGUGCAUUUUUCAGAUUUGUCACCCAGUCCAUAUUCCUUGUGAGUGCUACUGUAUUUAAGGAAGGACACCACUGUGCCAUACUUCUGCCCAUAGCUCCUAAAUUACAGGCUUCCACCACCAUAUUGGAUAUGCAUAUGUUUACAAAGGGAGAUAUUUGCCCCUGACUUUUGAUCUUGCUUCCAGUGGACGGGGCAAAAAAGGGUUUUUAACCAGAGUAAAUAUUUAUUGGGGACGCGGGUGGCGCUGUGGGUUAAACCACAGAGCCUAGGACUUGCCGAUCAGAAGGUCGGCGGUUCGAAUCCCCGUGACAGGGUGAGCUCCCGUUGCUCGGUCCCUGCUCCUGCCAACCUAGGAGUUCGAAAGCACAUCAAAGUGCAAGUAGAUAAAUAGGUACCGCUCCGGCGGGAAGGUAAACGGUGUUUCCGUGCGCUGCUCUGGUUCGCCAGAAGCGGCUUAGUCAUGCUGGCCACAUGACCCAGAAGCUGUACGCCGGCUCCCUCGGCCAAUAAAGCGAGAUGAGCGCCGCAACCCCAGAGUCGUCCACGACUGGAUCUAAUGGUCAGGGGGUCCCUUUACCUUUACCUAAAUAUUUCUUUUGGGUUAAAUUCAAGUCCUUUUACCUCUUGAAUAGUUUAAACUGAUACUGAAAUGACCCAGGAUACUCCUCUUUUUCUCUUUCUAAAUGCCACCUUGAGCAAAGAACAGGUUUCGCCCUUAAAGCUUUUUAAUUUGAUGUCCUGCACUGCAGCAGGUUUUCAAGGCAUUCUUGAUUAAAAGUAGGCCCUGAUACCCUAAUCUUACAUUGUUGAAGCUUGACAACAAGGUAUUCAGGCUAUGCUUUGAAAACCUGAUAAGAAAUCAUAUCUGCAUUCAAUCAUACAUUUAAAAGCGCUCGUUUUUGCUGUUGCUAAAGCAAGCUUGUCUGUUCUGCUUCACUGUAAUAGCAUGGCGUCUUUACCACAUUGUGCUCACUCAACAUGAUUAUGUUUUAUACAAAUGCCUAGUUCUCACAAAUAACAGAUGCAUUGAUAAACCUGUUACUUGAUUGUAUAUCACUUCAGAUUGCCGGUGGGGAGUCGCAUGGUUGAACGAGCCCCCAUACAAAAAAAAAUCCCCUGUUUUGCAUAUUGAGGAGGAGGCCCCGGCGUUCAUUUUUCUGCACGGAGAGAAUUUUUCCUAUGAACGAGCAUUUAUUUAUGGCAUUCCCCAGCUGCAGUCUGAAGUGGCAUAGUCAAAAAAGGUUUACCAUUUCAUCUGCUUUUUUUCUGAAACCCGGGCCAAAGUGAUAUUUAAUUGGUGAACUUGUCAAUGUAACAGUCCCAUGUAGAAUCUGAAUUCUGGGAACUGCUUGGUUCAAGCGGUGGCUUCCCAAGAAGGCAGAAUCUGAAGUCACGGUUUUAUCCUGGCUUGUUUACUCCCAAAUCCCCAUGCCAUCUGAAAUAAGGCAGGUGGUUGCACACAUUUUCACACGAUUGGCUCAGUUGUAAUUAUACAACAGCACAGUAGCACAUGUGCAGAUUCCAUUUGCGUUCAGAGGUGCUUAUACAGUUUCCAUCUGAUUAUGCCCAGUUUAUUCAACUGUGUACAACUGGGCAUAAAGACUGCAUCCUAAUUUAUAGCAACAGCUUUAAUAAAUGAAAAGGGUGGAGAUGUUUCUGCCCUUAAUAUUUGCCUUAAUUAUUAUUUUUUUAUUUUAUUUUAUUUUAUUUUAUUUUAUUUUAUUCCGCCCUUCAUCAGGGUGAGUCGCAGGAUAAAAUACAAGGUAAAAACACAAGUAAAUAGUUAAAACAACAAAACAACACACACCCCCAAACAAUCUUGAAACACUUAGUCCUUCAAGUCACAGUUCAGCGAGUGUUUGUUUAGAAGCACAUUUCUGUAAGAAUACAGAUCUCUCACAAAUUUACUGCAAGCUUUUCAGCUACCCAGUGUAUGUUUUAUACCCAGGGUAGUAUCUUUUUCUUAUCUUUCUUGCGCAGUGAGAAAAAACAGAUUGUGCAGCCUCCUUUAAUGAGACAAAUCCCUUAAAUGCGUGAUCUCAUGCCCUCUUGACUCAUGCUCCUUUUAAAACACACACAUACACAAAACAUCACUCACUUUUGGUAUGCUGUUGGGUCAGUAAAAUUGCUCUGCUACUUGGGAUACACAUUCUUGUUAGAACACUGUUGUGGUUUGCAUGCUCUUUCUUAUAUCUACCAUAUCGCCAGCUGUCUAAAAGGCUCCUAAAUUAAAACUCCUUCUGGUCUCCAGUGCAGCUUUACUUGACCACACGGGGGGGGGGGGGCAUAUUCAGUUGACAUUGCGUAAGUAUUGCUUGACUUGCACAUAUCUUGUUACCAAGAUACAGUGGUACCUCAGGUUAAGAACUUAAUUCGUUCUGGAGGUCCGUUCUUAACCUGAAACUGUUCUUAACCUGAGGUACCACUUUAGCUAAUUGGGCCUCCCGCCGCCGCCACCGUGCGAUUUCUGUUCUCAUCCUGAAGCAAAGUUCUUAACCCGAGGUACUAUUUCUGGGUUAGCGGAGUCUGUAACCUGAAGUGUCUGUAACCCAAGGUACCACUGUAUUUGUUUGGUAAGGCUCUGAUCUAUAGCUGCUAAGUUCAGCAUUCAGCACUGCUUGCUCUGGAAAAAGACCUUUAGCGCAUUGCCCUCCCAUUUUUGUAAUGCUCUCUUGCAGAACCGGAUUAAAAUGAAAGUUUCAUACUUUGUUUUCAUUUAAAAUAUGCUACUUUUGGGGGAUACUAACAGUACACUAUUCAGAAAUUACACAGUCCUUUUCUGAACAACUUACGAUCUAUUUGAGAGAAACAUGAAAAAGGGGGAAGGGGAAGGAGUUGGGUUUUAUGUGAUGUGUAGGAAAGAUGCUGGUGACGUACACAGAGUGGCUUGGGAACGGAUUUGCUAAAGUAUUAGCAAAUGGCCAUUACUCAGUGGUUCCAGUUUAAUCUACUGGUUUCAGAUUCUUCCAGAAUGGCCUGUGAAUGUUAUAUAGAGUGAAAAAGUUUUAGUCUGAAGGUCUGUCAAGAAGCCACCAAUCAACUGAGUAACUGAGCUCUCCUAGGCUGGAGUUUUCAGCUUUGCAUUAUUUUUGUAGUAAGGUUGAUCAUUACUUUCUAGCAUAUUAAACAAAAUUGCCUUCACUUCCUAUUUUAUGUACGUUUUACUUACCUUUUGCACGUUGUCUUCUGAAACAUACCUGAAUGAAGAUUUGGAAGUGGUAGAAGGAAUGAUGGUUGGAUUUAAGAGUUCUUCAAUGUGUUGUCCAUACACACCUGUCAAUUUCCAGCAAUCUCUGAAUACUCCACAAACUAAAACUAUGAGGUCGUCUUCUUGUUCAGUUUCUUAAUUUAAAGGGAACCUGAUAAAUGUUUUCAAGCUAGAUAAUCGCUUCUCAUCCAAAAUAAAUAUAUCCUGUGAAAUGUGCAUGCUUUGCACUUCCCCCAUCAGUAUAUUAAUUACUGUUUUACCUCUUUGAAUACUUGAGUUACAAUGAUAAUGGGCAACUGACAAAUGUAAUUCCGUCACUCUGUAUAAGCUAUUAGGUCAGGUGUGAUUCAGUAUUUAAAUUGAACUUGAAAUAUUGUGCUUUGAAUGUAUAGUGUUAAGAAAAAUUAUGGCUGCUCAGCUGGAAGAGGAGGCAUUACUUUUGUAUAAUCCUUUUAAAAGGGGAGGAUGGGGAGGUGCUGGGGGAAGAAGCUUUAAUUGAUGAUGCAAAUGAAACACUGGUGAUUGCUUACCUGCAAAAUUGUGUGCCUUACUUUCUUGGGCUCCAUGAUCACUGCAGGUGGUGACAGCAGCCACGUAAUUAAAAGAUGCCUGCUUCUUGGGAGAAAAGCAAUGACAGACCUAGACAGCAUCUUAAAAAGCAGAGACAUCACCUUGCCAACAAAGGUCCGUAUAGUUAAAGCUAUGGUUUUCCCAGUAGUGAUGUAUGGAAGUGAGAGCUGGACCAUAAAGAAGGCUGAUCGCCAAAGAAUUGAUGCUUUUGAAUUAUGGUGCUGGAGGAGACUCUUGAGAGUUCCAUGGACUGCAAGAAGAUCAAACCUAUCCAUUCUGAAGGAAAUCAGCCCUGAGUGCUCACUGGAAGGAUAGAUCCUGAAGCUGAGACUCCAAUACUUUGGCCACCUCAUGAGAAGAGAAGACUCCCUGGAAAAGAUCCUGAUGUUGGGAAAGAUGGAGGGCACAAGGAGAAGGGGACAACAGAGGACGAGAUGGUUGGAUAGUGUUCUCGAAGCUACCGGCAUGAGUUUGACCAAACUGCGGGAGGCAGUGGAAGACAGGAGUGCCUGACGUGCUCUGGUCCAUGGGGUCACGAAGAGUCAGACAUGACUAAACGACUAAACAAUAACAACAAGUCCUCUCUGUUUUGGAAUGUGAAUUUCUGCUAUCGCACCUUAUUGUGGUUAACAUCCAUCCCAUGCAGUUCAGAUAGCAUCAAUGCUCACUUUAAUGGUAACUGUGAUUAGGCUCUAUAUGCCGCUUCAGAAUGCAAAUGGUUCUCACAAGUUUAAAUGACACUUACAUGUAAGAAUUAAAAUGUCCUUGUGAGUAGCAUACCAGCACAUCAAAGCGCAGCGGUUCAUGGGACAAAGGUUUUGCCAGAUAACUCAAGAAGCGGAUUUUCCCUUCAGACUGCAAACCAGAGGCUUGAUAAUAUUGAAGACUGAAAGCAGGCACUUCCUUAAAAUGGUUUGCCAGGGCACCCUGCAAAAGUCGGUAAGACUUGCACUGCUAGAUUAAAAAAAAAAAAAUUAUAGCGCUGUUAGAAUUUCAUCUAAAGUUCUGGUCAUAUGAGACUUCCAUCAAUGAACCUUAAAAGGGCAGUGAGGUUUCUUCCUUUGAUCAAAGCAGAAGUUCAAAAGAAUUGGUUCAAGCCCAGAUAAGCAGGGGUCAGCUCUGUAAGGUAUUGUUAUCUUCCAAACCAACAUAAUUAAAAUUGCCUCUUUCACAGUCAUGGAAUGCUCUGAGGCUCUGUCCAGGAUAAGAUGAAAACUGACAGGGUAGCACAGUGAUAUUGGCUUUGAAAUGAAAAAAUAUAAUUGCUGCUAAUAAGAAUAGGAUUUCAGGCAUCAACCUGGAUUAAGUCCUGGCUAGGUAGACAAUUGCCUGGCUGCCACUGCCAAUUUGCAGUCGUUCAUCUUCCUGGGCUUUCUCUUGCAUGUUGUUGGGGUGACGGCGGUGGCGGAUUCUGGCACAUAAAUGAAAAAUCUGCCUCCUACAAGGCAAGUAAGUCGACUUAAACCAAGUCAACCCAUUGCCUCAUUAUUUGCACUGGUUGGCAGUGCCUCUCCUCUCCAAGGUUUUAGGCAGGAGUCUUCCUCUCCACCCACCCAGUCCUGCUUGGAGUUGUCAGGGAACCUAGAUGUGAAAAAUUCAGUUAUCAAGUUCUGGCUGGUCUUGGCUGCAACCUUUUAUUUGCAGGUGCCCCUGGCAACUGCCGCCCCUGAAUUUUAUGAGGUAGUGUGGCAUUAUUUUCCUAUCCAUGAGGAGACAGAAGGAGGGCAGGAACCUGACUGGGACACACCCAAGCUUAUUUUUCCCGAUCCAAAACACAAGGUGUAGCCUUGAGGAGAGCUUUCCUACAGCAGCUCUAAAUCUGGGGUGGGUUGGGAGAAUAACAGGUUGUGUUGCUUGCAUUGCACCAGAUUAUGGAGGCAGUCUGAAGCAGUAAGAGAGAUUCUUGCCAAUGCUGAAAAGUGUCAAGAUGGGAGCUUCCUCCUUUUUGAGUGGAUGGGGCAGGCAGGUAUGGAGGACUCCCUGGUCCUGAAUGGGGUAACUGUGCCCCUGAAGGACCAGGUGCGCAGCCUGGGAGUCAUUUUGGACUCACAACUGUCCAUGGAGGCGCAGGUCAAUUCCGUGUCCAGGGCCGCUGUCUAUCAGCUCCAUUUGGUACACUGGCUGAGACUCUACCUGCCCGCAGACUUUCUCGCCAGAGUGGUGCAUUCUCUAGUUAUCUCCCGCUUGGACUACUGCAAGGCGCUCUACGUGGGGCUACCUUUGAAGGUGACCCAGAAACUACGGCUAAUCCAGAAUGCGGCAGCUAGACUGGUGACUGGGAGUGGCCACUGAGACCAUAUAACACUGGUCCUGAAAGACCUACAUUGGCUCCCGGUAUAUUUCCGAGCACAACUGAAAGUUUUGGUGCUGACCUUUAAAGCCCUAAACGGCCUCGGCCAAGUACAGUGGUACCUCGGGUUACAGACGCUUCAGGUUACAGACUCCACUAGCCCAGAAAUAGUACCUCGGGUUAAGAACUUUGCUUCAGGAUGAGAACAGAAAUUGCAUGGCGGCAGCAGCAGGAGGCCCCAUUAGCUAAAGUGGUGCCUCAGGUUAAGAACAGUUUCAGGUUAAGAACAGACCUCAGGAACGAAUUAAGUUCCUAACCAGAAGUACCACUGUAUACCUGAAGGAGCAUCUCCAUCCCCAUCGUUCAGCCCGGACACUGAGGUCCAGCUCCGAGGGCCUUCUGGCAGUUCCCUCACUGCGAGAAGUGAGUUUACAGGGAACCAGACAGAAGGCCUUCUCAAUAGUGGCAAUAGUGUCAAGGAAAUAAACAACUAUCUGACUUUUAGAAGUCAUCUGAAGGCAGCCCUGUUUAGGGAAGUUUUUAAUGUUUGAUGUUUUGUCGUGUUGGGCGGGGUAUAUAUAUGUUGCUGUUGUUGUUGAGCAUUUCCCAGGUUGGGUUGGAAGUGAACCCUGUCUGAAAUCCUAGAGAGCUAUUGUUUGUCAGUGUAGACGAUACUGAGCUAGUAGACCCAAUGGUAGCUUCUGAUGAUGAGUGUUUUCUGGGUUGGAACCUAGCAACUCCAAUGUAACAUGAGAAGCAGCUUCUAUAAAUAGUGGGAGAAUUAGGCACCAUAGUACAGUCAUGCCUUGGUUCGCGAACGCCUUGCAAGUCGAACGUUUUGGCUCCCGGACACCGCAAACCUGGAAGUGAGUGUUCCGGUUUGCGAACGUUCUUUGGAACCCGAAUGUCCAAUGUGGCUUCCGAUUGGCUGCAGGAGCUUCCUGCAGCCAAUCAGAAGCCGUGCCUUGGUUUCUGAAUGUUUUGGAAGUUGAACAGACUUCCGGAAGGGAUUCCGUUCAACUUCCGAGGUACCACUGUAUACUUGUUCACUCUUCACAGACAUGCCUAUUAAGCCGAAAUCAUACUGAUAAAAUAGUGUAUUUUGGGCACACAAUAUACAAGCAAGUGAAGCUUGUUUUUGACAAGAUUCCUUUGAGGCUAAAAAGCUUAGUAGAGUUCAACAUAAGGUUAGACAUUAUGAUGGAUUAUGAGAAAAUCCACAAUUGUUAGGAUAAUGUUUCAGUUAGGGAGAGGGUAGAUUCCCUUUCAAAACCAGACAUGGGAGAAAUAGUAUUUUGACCCUCUAAGUCUAAUUUAAAGAAGUUAGAGCCCAGCCUACAACCUGAACAAAAAACUUCAACAAUGCGUUAAUAGGCUAUAUAUAAGUUCACACUGCUUUUCUCAUGCUCUCUGGGAGAAUUAUUUAGGCUUUCCCUGUUAUCAACCAGCCUCAGUACUCUUCUUAGCUUAACCUAGGUUUUUGGUCACUUAACAAUCCUUUUAUACCAACAGUUGAGAUUUACUGAUGGGUUUCCUCCACUCUUUCACUGCACACAAUUGAAGUGAUGUUUGAUUAUAAGAGGACUGCACAAUAAUUAGUAUGUAACCAGAAGGGAUCAAUAUUUUAUUUUAUUUAUAUUAUUAAAUUUGUGUACCACCCUUCAUGUGAAGAUCUCAGGGUGGCAGGUUGAUUAAUUCCAUGAAACAGGUGUUUACUGGACGCAGAUGGCGCUGUGGUCUAAACCGCUGGGCCUCUUGGGCUUGCCGAUCAGAAGGUCAGCUGUUCGAAUCCCCGUGAUGGGUGAGCUCCCGUUGCUCUGUCCCAGCUCCUGCCAAUCUAGCAGUUUGAAAGCACACCAGUGCAAGUAGAUAAAUAGGUACCACUGCAGCGGGAAGGUAAACGGCGUUUCCAUGAGCUCUGGUUUCCGCCACAGUGUUCUCUUGCGCCAGAAGCGUUUGAGUCAUGCUGGCCACAUUACCCGGAAAGCUGUCUGUGGACCAACGCCGGCUCCCUCGGCCUGAAAGCGAGAUGAGCACUGCAACCUCAUAGUCGCCUUUGACUGGACUUAACCAUCCAGGGGUCCUUUACCUUUUACUGGCAUGCCCUUAAAAAUUGUUCCAAAGCAUGGAGGCAAGGUAUUAACAGUCAUUCUCCUUCUUCCCACCCCACCCCCAUAUUCCAUUCAUGCUAACAGAGCCCACUGGAGUGCAUUGAGAAAGUAGGAGCACUGCAUGCUUGCUUUGCUCAGACACAUUCUAGAAUUAAAAUAAUGGACACAUUUACAUAACUUGGUGGCAGUAAGACGUUAAGCUAAGAUGCCACUCAGCUGGUUGGAUGGCUCUCUGCAGAUUAUUGCUGUUGUCAGCCAUUUAUGUAAUGCCAAACGGCAUGCUGCUUUGGAAACAGGAGCUGAAAGUGCGUGUUUUUGAGCAACACUAAUCUUCAUGUAAUCUGCGUAAUGUGGCAGAUGGCGUGUCUGAUUUCCCCCCACCCGCACCCUGUGAAUGAAAUUAAGACCAAUGUACUCUUUCCCCCCACCCCAAAGACUUCUGUCUUUGGUCUAAAAAACUGAAAUCCAUUUUCCGCGCUUCAUUAUUUUAACUAGGUAAUUCUGUAACGUUUUGGAUGUAAUCCAGUGGUGGCCAAACUCGGCCCUCCAGCUGUUUUGGGACUACAAGUCCCAUCACAUAACAGGACCAGUGGUUAGGGAUGAUGGGAAUUGUAGUCCCAAAACAGCUGGAGGGCCAAGUUUGGCCACCACUGAUAGAAUCUCACUGGUGUGCUUCUAAAUGAUACCAGGUGUCUUGUUUGUGGCCUUCCUGGAGGCAUCUGGUUGGAUGCUGUACAAAACGGGAAGAUGGACUAGGUUAGCCUUUGUUUAGCUCCAGAAGAUUCUUCCCAUGUUCUAGUGUGGCUUCUCCAGGCAAUGGAAUUCCAGCUGCUUUUGGACUACAAUCAAUGGCGGCCGUCAUAGUUGUGCUGCCAGGGGCUCAUGUAGUCCAAAACAUCUGGGAAGGGGCACCAGGUUUUCAUGUAUGUGUGUAUUGCUUUUAGUUAUAGUCGUGCACAUAUACGCUUGUCAUUUUGGGUAUAGAAGCAAAAGGGGUUGUUGUAGAAACGCAGUAUAGAUUAAAUCUGGUUUGGGAUUAGAGGGAAACUGUUUAAAGGGUGAAAAAUGGAGAAAGGUCAUCAAAUGGCACAAUGCCUAGAAGAAGGAAGCACUUCUUUGGUCCUUCACAAUUUCAUCUCUCUACUGGCCUAAUUAAAGGGUGUAAAAUGUAGAUGGAGCCAGGGUGGAUUUGAUUUAAAUCACUAGUCAGUAAGACUUGAUUUCAAUCAUUUUUUUUUACAGAAAGACCAAUUCUUGCUGGUAUAAUCUUAAUAUUUACUACCAGAUGAAGGUUUCAUUUUUGGAAUAAUAAAUUUUCAGAGUAGUUUUUACAGUUAUAUCAAAAAUUACUGAUUUUGAAGUUUUAAUAAGUUAACUGUUUAUAUUUGGACAACUUUUCUGCUGUACUUUAUUGGAAGGAGAGAAAUAAUCAUUUCCUUAAUAACAAUUUAAACAAUUUAUUUAACUAAAACAGUAACAUUAUGGCAUAUGAAUCCGUGUUUGUUAACUGAUGUGGUUUAAACGGGGUUUUUAAAAAAAACUUAGAGUUUUAGCACACAUGUCGGUCACGACUGGACCUAAUGGUCAGGGGUCCCUGUACCUUUACCUUUACCUUUAAAACUUAAAACAAAUCCUUAUUUCCUUUGGACUAUAAUGUAACUUAAAUAGAAAGCUAUUUUUAGAAAGAUUUUCCCUUCAAAAGCAUUUUAUUUUAAAAAUCUGAUUUAAAUUUAAAAAAAUGAUUUAAAUAAAAAACAUCUGAUUUAAUUUUUUUUAAUCCAUUUUUUAAUUAUUAUUAUUAAAAUCAUUUAUUUUUAUCCACCCUGGAUGGAGCAAAUCUGCAGCAAGAGAAUACCACCAUUCCUGAAGACUACCACUUAGGAAUGCAAGUGAUGUACAUGUUUCAUUGUGUCCUCAUGUACAGAAAGAUGAUGGGGGGGGUGAGAACCUUUCCUUGCUCACACAGAAAACUUAGCAGGUACUCAUGCCCUUUUUUGCACGCACCAAGGGUAGUUUUUUCACUAGCUUGAGAGAACAUUGAAUUCUGUUCCGCCACCCUCGCUUCUAUUCCCAUUCUGAAGUAGUGCAGUCCCAGAAAGGCUGAACCAUAUAAUACAGUCUUCCUUUCCCUUUUCAUUCAGAAAAUGAAUUAUUCCCUUUCACUUGGUAAUGGAGGUGACUCAAUGGAUCACAGGGUGCAACGAUGCCCACAAGCUAACUUGCAGCUGCUGGGUGUAUCAUCCGCAUUCAUCAGGGUGUGAUAAAAGUGGUGUGGUUUUUUCCCUUCAGAUGUUCUUGAAGAUUACUCGGUGGGAUGUUGGUGCGUUGAGGGGGCAUGUUCAUGACUGUUAUUCUAUUCAGUUGCUUACAUGCAUAAUGGAAAACUGAUUAUUAUGGAUGAGGGCAAACGGUGUUUAUCUGCAGUGUGGUUUCUGAACUGGUGUCUUGUACAACAAUAACUUUGAAGCACGGUGUGACAACUUGCUCACUUCUGGUGACAUGACAUGAUCCACUGUCGAUGUUGGGUGGUGCGUAUGUGUGCAAAUCUGUAAGUGGUUUAUAUGUGGGAUAUAUCUUGGUUAGUGAAGAGAGUAACUUGCCUCAUUCUAUGAGGCUACCUUAGAUAAAUCUUCACAGCCUUUACUUAGUGCUGCUAUAGGUAGAUGGGGAAGAGCCUGUUUUCUGUUUCUUUCAUCUGAGGCAUACAAAUACUUGCAUGGGUAGGUUUGGGUUUAGUGUGUCUUGGUGUUUAGAAGGGGAAUGAACGUUUGCUGUCAAAAAGUUCCAGUGUGCGUAUUGAAUGGAGAAUCUUCUUUGAGCUUCUUGCAAGCAAUACGGUGCCUGAAAAGGGACUCUGUGGGUUUAAUCUGGGACCUAAAAAUUGUAGCCUGAGCUAAUGUGGACCCUGUGUCCUUGAAGCUGUCUUCAGGUACAGUAGAAAUAUAGGUGUGUUCAGCAACGAACACUGCAAGUGGGAGACAGCAAGAAUCCCCCAAAUUGGCUGUUUUUAAAUAGGUAUUAGGGGCAUGGCAUUCUACCUUUAUCUAGUUUGUGGAGCAAUACCAGCUGCUUGUAGCAAUUGAGACCACAGCUUUUUCUACCUUCACUGACUGAUCUUGAGAGGCAGAGCCUAGAUUCGGGUGUAGCCACCCAUAGUCUAGCCCUGACAGUGCCCUUGAUUUGCAGGUAAUGCCUCAUUUGAAAAUUAAAGCAGUACGCCUUAUAUCCCUGCCUCCCCAUUAAAUGAUUGUACCUGGUUAGGUACAUCCUCAGGGUUAAUAUUGCCCUUAUGCCUUCUGUAAGUUCUGGAGCAGAUGAAAAACUUACAUCCUGAUAUAGAAGUCCUGUCUUCUUCACAGAGGAAAAUUGCAUGCAUGUGAAAAGCCGUUGUUGUAAAUAAUCAUUGAUAGGGGGAAGUUGUACACUGGCAAAAGAACUGUGCAUGGAAGAAAAAAUUCAAUACCCACAAAGCACACACAUAGCUAGCCUAAUAUUAAUAGGGGGCAUUACCAGUAGGUAUAUAGUUGCGAUCAAGAAACUUAACAUGCCUCAUAAAUAAACCCUCUUGCAAAGGAGAGAUAGCCUAUAGCUUUAGAUAGUGCCUCACAAAUGCCUUGUAAACACAAAUCUUUUGAUCUGGCAGAAAUGAAUUACUGUUUUUAAGAGCUAGUGCCUUAGCCUUUCUGCUUAGAAGCACUGUCCCAGCGAUGGAUUGCGGUCUGGUAGUUAACGUGACUUAAAGCAAACAAAAAACAGUGGCCCUUUGGGACAUGGAAUUGUAAACAUUUUCCUCACUCCUGUUGUUUUCUUUCAGCCGUUGCCCACAGAACAGCUCAAUUCUUAGGAGGGCAUUUGCUUCCUUCUGCUUGUGCAGAUAAAAUCAUGAAUGAGAGAGAGCUGGAACAGAGGAAGAACUUCUUGGAGGCUUCAGCAAGAUUUGGGCAUUUGUGUAGUCUGUAUCACUUAAAGCCAGAAGCAAGUGGAAUCAAUCCACAGUUAUUAGAAGCUCAGGGACCUUGCCUCCAACAUAUUUUGCUUCUCUUGAACAUUGAAAAAUUAUCUCUCUCUUUUUUUUAAGCGUAGGAGUAUACUCACUAGUUUCUCACAUACAUAUCUGAAAACACUUUAAAACACGACAUGGUCCUCAGAACCAGUUUCUCAGAGGUAGUUUAGCCAUGCAUAUUUGUUCUUACUGAGUCUUGAACUCCGUGGAAAUAGAGACCAAAUAAACAAAAGUAGCAGGACCUUAAAUUAGGCUUGGAAGCAAAUGGGAAGUCUGUGUAGUUCUUUCAAAAUUGGGCCCCACUUUGUAGAAGCAGCUAGUAUUCUAAAAGACAGGUUCUACAUUAAUUGAAGCUUUUGAGCGGUCUUCAAGGGCAGCCCCAUGUAUAAUGCAUUACAGUAGUCUUGCUGGGAAAGUCAGUAAAGGACAGAAUUAGUGUCAUUUCCAUCCUCCACCACUCACACUCCCUUUUGCCCUCCACUGGCCCAGGACAAGGAUCAGUGAUUGGAGAGAUUGCAGUAUGUUGUCUCUGUGUGCUACCUUCCAUCAAACUGUGGUGAUAGGAGUACAGGAGGGACUAAAGUAGAGAUUUCCAACAUGGCACCCAUGGCUGCCAGUUUACCACUAUCUUUUCCAUCAUGCAGAGACUGCUAGGUUUUCCUGCUCAGAUCCUGUGUGCUCAGUUUAUCCUAUGUUGAACCCCCAUCCCAAAGCCACACCCACAAUUCAUUUGAUGCCAGGAUUCAGCAUCAGGAUUCAUCCAUUCUGAACAAAGGAGACGUAGAAAGAGUUUCCCUUUGUGAGUGGUUGUGGUUGAUAUUGGUACUUUCCCCGCCAUUGCUGGGGCAGUUGAUGCCCAGAGCAUUUUUUGGUCCUAUUAUUCUUCUCAUUUAAAUGAGACAGCCAUUUUGUGUUGUGCCACACAUCUCACUAUAGCCAUUUUGUGACUGGCACCAAUAGCACUUUUGCAGGAUUCGAGAUGUGUGCCCAAAAUGGUUGGUGCCCCCUGGACAAAAGGAAAACUAAUCGCUACUUGACACCUGGAAAUUCCGUCUGGUUAUUGUCCUCGCAGGAUCCGAAUUAAGAGGUGGGCUUGAGAAAAAUGGAUCAAUGACUCAUUUCCAUAUGACUGAUUUUUUUUUUUAAGUUAGAGCAAAGCACAUAAAGACUUAACUCUAAGAAGUUUUAUAAAAUCAGUUUGUAAAUAGUUAUUGUUGAGAGACUGUUUCUGUAUAGCUACGUCUUUAUUUGUGCGAAUAUGAAAGCUUGUGCAAUAUAAUGCAUGGAGUGUUAGACUUGUACUAGAAAAAAUAAAGAAUUACAGUGGACCCUCCAGAUACGAACUUAAUUCGUUCCAGGGCUCCUUAUGUACCCCAGUAAGUCCGCAACAUGAGGCACCGCUUCUGCAUACAUGCACGGCGAAACCUGGAAGUAUACAUUUCCGGUUUGCCGCGUUUGCAACCCGGAAGUUACCUUACCCAAAGGUAACAUAACCCAAGGGUCCACUGUAUUCCAAUGCCCACUCACCCAGUCUCAGAAGCUCUGUUCCUUCAUUCAAAGACCAUGUGUGACCAUGAAAUGCAAAAGGGGUAUUGGGCUGCAACUGGUGGCCCUGCCCCAGUAUCCCUGCAUUUCCACAUUGAGCUGGAAAUACUGAUGGGAAUUUUUGGGGGGACGACGUUGUGGCAAACCCACAUAGACUUCUCCCUGCAGGCAGGAACCUUGCAUGAAAAAUCCUUUCAUAACUUUCUGCUCGGUGGCAUUGGUAGUUCUGCUGUCCUUUUAUGCUUUAUGUCCAUAACUGUCCAUAACCUAUAAAUGGGACUUUGGUCCAGCCUACUUCUCAGGGCUGUUCUGAAUUUAAGAUGAGAAAUCUUGUGUGUAUCACCAUGAGCUCCUUGGAGGAGAUUCAUUGAACUCUCCAAUUGACAUCUUUAUGAAUUAAACGUAUGUACGAGCGUGCGUUGUCCUCCCCCCAUUGCAAAGAAUUACAUUAUUUGCAACUCUGUGUUCUAAAAUUAAGAGGAAGAAAGGAUCAGCUUGUCUUUUUAAGUUUGCUUUUUGCCUCUCUGCGAAGUUUGGAGGCUCAGCAGUGCCAUCUUGUGGAAAUCCUUGCACAUUUUCAGCCUUGCCAGGCAAAAAAAACCCUCCCUCUUGCGAAGUGUUUUGGAAUUCUUUGAUUCUGUGCCGAUCUGCUAGCGAAGAAUUUGAUAUGUGAGAAGCAAAUUAUCAGGAAGUGGCAGCAAAGCAUUUCAAACCUGUUUUACCUUCAGGACCACUCGUUAGAAAAGUCGCGUUGAUCAGGUGAAAUAUUGAAAACAAUAGAAUGAAGGUUGAGCAGAAAAAAGCUGAAGAAACCCCCUGCUAGAGUCACCCUUUGGACCCUAUAGGAUUGGUGCCUCCUUACAGAUUUAUCAAAGCAACUAGGUGGUUUUUAUUACAUUCCCUCAGGUCAGGGGAAAUCCAUAUUUUUUUAAAAAAAAUAGUUGACCGUUCCCCUGUGCUUUUUGAACUCUCUCUUUUUAAAAGUAUUUUCAUCUGAGCCACUAUCUGUUUUCCACAAAGGUAUGAGCAAUGGGUUAUUUCCCUAAGUAAUUUGCACAUACUAUUUAAAAAAUAAUAAUAAUUAACAAUUUUGUCCUUCUUCCCUGAAUUCCAUGGAGAUCUGCGAACCCACACUCUUGCUUAUUUUGGGACAUAGCAUUUCCAGACACCCCAUUCCACAUCAAAAUAACAGUGCCUCAUAGAGAAUGUAGAAGCACAUAAUACUGGCCUACCGUAUAGUUGGGGAUGCGGGUGGCGCUGUGGGUUAAACCACUGUGCCGCUUGGGCUCGCCGAUCAAAAGGUCGGCGCUUCGAAUCCCCGCGGCGGGGUGCGCUCCCAUUGUUCGGUCCCAGCUCCUGCCAACCUAGCAGUUUGAAAGCAUACCAGUACAAGUAGAUAAAUAGGUACCGCUCCAGCGGGAAGGUAAACUGUGUUUCCGUGCGCUGCUCUGGUUUCACCAGAAGUGGCUUAGUCAUGCUGGCCACAUGACCCGGAAAAACUGUCUGCGGAAGUGGACAAACGCCAGCUCCCUCGGCCAAUAAAGCGAGAUGAGCGCUGCAACCCCAGAGCCGGUCGCGACUGGACAUAAUUGUCAGGGGUACCUUUACCGUAUAGUUGCUGUAAAGAUUACUGCAAUGAUGUAUGUGAAUUACUUUGAACAGACUUCAGAGUGGUGUGUGAGUACUUUAUAAAGUGAGAUGGAAGCGCUGUAACAAUAAUAAUGAAUAAUAAUGAAACUAAAGACCUCAAAUCUUACACGAUGAAGGCAAAAACACUUUUUAGUAUUCCUCAUAUUUCAUUUCACUGGUUUAGUGGCCUUUUCAACUAAUCAGUCUUCUGUGUGAGUUCUCCGCAAUGUCAAUAUCUGCCUUGUUUAAGCUUUAGUAUUAUGAAAUAUUAGAAUUCCAUAUUAUAGGAUUAAGAAUAAAUGAACUCCUUGAAGAUAUUGAUGUUCAGCAGGUGCAUUUCUUAAUAGAAGCACCGAGUGCUUCAAACAUUUCAUCAUAAGCAGGUGUUGGAUUUCUUCCCAUAUGUUAUGAUGUUUUGAAAUGAGAAUAUUCUCUCUGAAAGUUUAGGUUUUAUAGUGGCACUUCUUCGUUUUCAUUAUUAUUUUUAAAUUGCAUCUAUUUAUAUUCGCUAAAUGCAUUUGUUAAAAACAAGCGUUCCCUACAUUAAAGGAGGCAGUCCUUUUUAAAAUUUAUUUACGAAAGCCUAGAGAGAAAGGUAUGGUGUGCUGUAUCUUCAAAACAACAUCUGUCAAACUGGUUUUCAUCAGAUUAAAUAUAUCCUCAAAGCAGCCAUUUAUAGCUUACAAAAUACUAGAAAUGUAGGUUACACUAUGCGUGAAACGCCAGCAGAAUGCAAAGCAAUUGAAAGAAUGAAACCCUGUUUCCUCCUCCCUUCCAUUUCUCUGGAGGAUUGGAGGAGGAGGAGGAGGGGAGACUGCUGUCAGGAUUUCUCUAUCCCUUUCUAUUUUUAGCAGCUAUUUGUGGAGAGAUGGCAGCGUUGCUGAUGUCAGGAUGCUGUAAAUAUCGCGAAAUCAGGGAAUUGGUGUCUUGCACCAGAAAUCAGACUCUGAUUUCUUCAGGAAAUACAGAUGUGCAAUAUUGGCCCCUAUAAUUGGAUGGUAAUAUGAAGGCUCUGGAAAGACUAGGCCUGGUAUAAAUACUAGUCACCUGUGUGUCCGCCCCCCCCCCCAAAAAAAAAAAUUGAACAGAGCAAGCAAGCGUCAUCUAGCCUUCACUUCCAGUAACUCAUCUCAGACACUUGCUUGGAGACACACAUUCCAGACCUGUAUGCAGGUCCAAUAAGUCAUGGCCCCAGCCUGGCUCUGACACAUGGGAAGUAAAUUAUAUCAGGGAGUGGAAUCCAAUUGGUGACCUUGCACUUAUGGUAGAGCUUUUGAUUUAGCAGUGUCUCCACUAAUAAAAGGGGUGUGGGUGGCGCUGUGGGUUAAAUCACAGAGCCUAGGACUUGCCGAUCAGAAGGUCGGCGGUUCGAAUCCCCGUGACGGGGUGAGCUCCCGUUGCUCAGUCCGUGCUCCUUCCCACCUAGCAGUUCGAAAGCACCUCAAAGUGCAAGUAGAUAAAUAGGUACCGCUCCGGCGGUAAGGUAAGCAGCGUUUCCGUGCGCUGCUCUGGUUCGCCAGAAGCGGCUUAGUCAUGCUUGCCACAUGACCCGGAAGCUGUAUGCCGGCUCCCUCGGCCAAUAAAGCGAGAUGAGCACCGCAACCCCAGAGUCGGUCACGACUGGACCUAAUGGAAGGGGUCCCUUUACCUUUACCACUAAUAGAAGGGCAGGUGAUUUAUUUAUUUAUUUAUUUUGGUCAAUCUGCCAUUCUGUCUGCAAGCUCCUCUUGCCAACUUCCACUCUGAUGUGGAGCUUCCUCCACUCUCUGGAUCUGAUUUUUUGAGGCAGCAAAGGGAUUCGGAAAAGUCACUUUUUCUCUUCCAUUAGCGGAGGCAUCCACUGACUCAAAAACACCUUCAUGACCACAAAGGAGGGCACCAGUUGGUUGUCAGAGAUGGCUUUUUCCAGCUUUGUUUUUUCCAGCUGAGCCAACUUGAGGUAGAAUCAUGUGCUCUUGGUUUGGUUUUUUGCCUCCAUUUCCUGAGAGGUUGCCCUUAGAUUGAAACGGCUUUCACGUGGAAGUCUCCUAAGUUGUCUCAGAGAGAGAACCAGCCCAUACUUCUUUGACCCAAGGGGCUUCAUUACAAACAUCUUCUUUGAGCAGCGCCGGUGGAUAAAUCUGGUGGCUGCAAGUGCUUCUCAAAAAAAAAUGCUGCUCCAAAAUUUCAUGGUUUGACGGAGAACAGUGAAAAUUGAAAGGUCAUAGGGAGAAUAUGUGAGGAAAUCAUUCAAGUUCAAAUUUGCCAUUAUGAAGCCUUUCAGAAAAUGUCAUGGCAAGCAAAUACUGUGCAGAAACUAGAUUUCAUGUUUUAUUAACACGUUGUUUGCUAUUCAUUUUUUCUUACUGUCAUGUGUGUUUAAGUGCUUAACACAAAUUUGAAAAGUUUGUAAAUCAAAUAUCCUUCCCAGAAAUGUCAUAGCUAGGUUUCCUGGAUUUUGAUGCUGCCUUAAAGGCUGAUUUAAUAUUAUUUGUCUUAUGUUUACUGUGCUACCAAAACUUGACCCAACUGGAUUACUGCUUUGCAUUCUGGCCACAGCACAUUUUAAACUCCCAUUAAAGCAAAUGAUAAGGUAGUCCUAGUUCCUUCCACCCACCCACUCCUUCCACAGCCCUCUUACAAGCUCUCCACCACCCAUUGUACCAAUCAAAGAAAAGGAGAGGAUGACUUGAACCCCAGAGAACGUAGACUGAAGGACCCGUUGUUGCCUUGUCAUAUUGCUUAUUUGGGGCUCCAUUUUUAUUCUCUCUGCGUUACUUAAUUUUGAAUCUGGAACAUCUAAGAAUAAAUCUUCCAAACUCCACCAUGUUUGCACCUCUGGUACAUUAACUAGUACAGCAAGGAUAGAUAAUUCAUGGAGAUUGCUAUGAGAAUGUUAGUUUCCAAGAGUGUCUCUGGCUGUGUUUGUUUGAAUUGAUUAUAAAGUCUGAGUAAUAAAGUCUUUGGAAUUAUCUGUUGUGGCUUUUUGCCCUCUGGCUUUAUCAAAUGGCACUGUUCAGUUAUAUAGCUAAAUAUUCCUCUUUAAUUUUCCAGUCCACCUAAACCAACUGUGUUCAUUUCUGGAGUCAUUGCAAGGGUGAGUUUCCAUCUUUGUUAAUUUUCAACUGUUUUAAAAUCAAGGCAAGCUUUGCCAGUUUCUUGUGAAUUUCAACUUGCUUUUGGUUUUGAUCUGAUGUCUCCCCUUCUCAUUUUUAAUUUAUCAUUCACACAUAAAGUCCCUAAUAUAUUAAGUGCCGUACAAAGAUUGAAAGGUAAGACAGCUGCUGACCACAGGCGCAUAGUCUGAUAGACAAAACCCAAAAAGGAAAAGGAAUGGAGAAAUUACCGUAUUUUUCGCUCCAUAAGACGCACUUUCUCCCUCCUAAAAAGUAUGGGGAAAUGUGUGUGCGCGUCUUAUGGAGUGAAUGCAGGCGGGAGGCUCUGCUCAGCGCUCCUUUUAAAGAGCUGCGUGGAGCUUUUCCCCAAGGAAGGAGAAGGGACUAACAAGCCGCCCUUCUCCCUCCUCGGGAAAAAGCCAGCAAGAGCCGCACACACACUCCGCGCGGCUCUUUAAAGGGAGCGCUGAGCAGAGCCUCCCACCUGCAUUCACAUCUGGGAUGCAUACAGGCUCUUGGGGGCUUUUCUGUGAGGUGGGAGAAGGGACUGACUGGCUGCCCUCUUUCCCUUCCCACGCCUCCCGGAAAAGCCAGCAAGAGCCGCUGCCAGGCUCUGCUCAGCGCUCCCUUUCUUCCCUCAUCCCGCUUUGCUGGGAAGCCAGCAGAACAAGAGCUGCUGCGCAGCUAUCGCUCUUGCUCUGCUGGCUUCUCAGCGAAGCAGGAGGAGGGACGGAAGGGUUUAAAGCAAGAAAAGCGAGAGCCGCUUACGUGCUCUGUGCAGAAUAUUUUUUUUCUUGCUUCCCCCCUCUAUAAAAACUAGGUGCGUCUUAUGGAGAGAAAAAUACGGUACCCAAAUUGCUCCUGCAUGAAGUGCAUCUUUUAACUGUGUGUGUGUGUGUGUGUGUGUGUGUGUGUCAGAAAAGGGCUAGUUGCUGUCCACUUUAUAGUGCAGAAUAUGGCCUUAUUCAUACCAUUUUGGAACGGCAUGUACAUUUUGAAUUUAGAGAAAGAUUAUGGGCACCAGUCACAAAAUGGAUACCAUGGGGAGACUUUGCCACCGUCUUCCCACACUUGGUGGGCAGCAGUGAUACAGCUACCAGGAAGCUCUCGUUGUGAUACUGCAAAUUCACACACAUUAGCUUGCCAAGUUAUGCAGCCAUUUGUUUCAUAAGUAGUAAAAUGUGCAAAACCUGCAUUUUAAGCCAAUUUCCUAGAUUCCUGUAGAGCAGCUCAUUUUAACUGAUCUGGUCAGCUGCAGUUUGUAUACACCAUGGUCAUUUCAACAACAGGUAAAUGUUUAUAUUGUGAAAUGGGCAAGCUUAUAUGAACCACAAGCUCAUAUUCUGUAGCCCAAGAAACAGUUUGUAAGAAUCUCUGACAUUCUGGCAUGUCAGGCUGGAGCAAACACACACACAACUUGCAGAUGAGACAGGUGUUCUCUCUUUUUCUUUUUCUUUUCAUUCUGAUGUGUUUGUUUUUUUAAUCAGGGUGAUAAAGACUUCCCUCCAGCUGCAGCCCAGGUGGCUCAUCAGAAACCGCAUCCCUCUGUGGAAAAGCAUCCUCCCGCACAACAUGUCAACCAACACAUCCACCAACCUCGCAAAUGAAGCUCCUGUUCCAGGAUCCAGCCAUAGUGUUUACGGAUGGAAUGAUUAAGAGAUUUGUGCUACCAGAUCUUUUGAAAGUGGUAUCUCAUGCUUUUGCCUUAAUUGCCUAUGGUUUAAAUGGUUAAAAAGGGGUGGGGGUGGGGAGGGAAGAGUCUUCAGUCCUACAACUCAGCUGAAAAAAAAAAUGUUCCUGUGUACUGCCAAUAAAAAAAAAAUGGUCAUAGAAAUGUAACGGGAUUGGGAAAACCUAGAUCUUUGAAUAAUUAUUUUAAACAUUUUCAUUUCUGGAUUUUGGCACUACUGGAAUGCAUUAGGAUUGGGAGGAAAAGAGGUGUAUUACUUUUUGCCUGCCCUCUUCUGGUGAGAGAUUUUCAAUGUAUGAGUAAGACUUUUAGGGCAUCCUUGCAAUUAUUUUUAUUAUUUUCUUCUUUUUUCUCAAACAUGUUUGAGGAAGGGCCAGCGCAAUUAUUUUUAUUUUAGUCUAGGAUAUGAAAGGACCAGAAAUUUCUCAGAUGGGUAGAUCUCUCUUGCAAAGUGUGGGUCUUUAGGAGAUUUAUGUCGCAGCCUAGCCAAAGAUGAGCCAACUGGUUGGCCCAAAGUCUACAUUCCCCCCAAAACAACAACAACAACAACAGAGCAAUAAGAGGCAAGAAUCCAAAUAAAAUGGCAAGAUUGGAUGGUCUACCUAUUGCUACACUUUCUACAUGCUCAGAAAGUACAGAAACUUGAAACAGAUUUUAAGCCUGCAGGAAUAACACAUGACAGCACAGCCAUUAUACAGCUUCAAAUUGUAGGAUCCGGGUGAAUCACAUGUUUGAAUGCUCUGCCUGCAGUCUGAAGUGCCUGCAGUCCAGGAAGGACCCCGCCAUAUACAAACUUGAAUAAUCCUACAGUGGCAAUUUAAUAUCUAUGUUAUAUUAAUGCAGUAACAUGUGAAGUACUGGUGGACAAUGACUUGUCCUUUUAUUUCCUCACAGCAAGCAGAAUAAAUUAGCUCUAGCAUGUGGCAAGUGGUCUCAAGAUGGUGGUGUGUAUUCUCAUAUAUAUCCGUUAGAUCCAUUACACUCAUUAGGGAACAAGAUGAGUGUUGCAUUGCACACCUGAAGAUCUCCAUCAGCUGCCUAUAAGGAUAUCCACUGCUAGAUUUGGGAGCGGGGGUUGUAAAAAUCAUUUUGGUGAAAGCUGGGCCUGGUCAUGCAAAAAACCUUGUACUUCGGAAUCACUUGGUUCUGUAUGCUGUACCCAAAUUUCAUUUACAUUUUUAUAGGUACUUUAUUUUUUAAAUGGUGAAACCACACCAUUCUUUUCUUCUUCUUUUUAAUCCUGUAAACUACAAUGCAUUCUAACAACUUCAGAAAAAGUUGGCUGCUAAUAAAUCAUUGUUACAAUUUCUCUUCCGGCAACCGUGGAAGAUUUCCACUCCCCUUGGGCUUUGAAGAAUCAUUUAUUUUUAAUGACGAAUAACAUGAGAAAACUGCAAGAGGAGAGAGGUUUAAUAAUAAUAAAAACCCAUUGAAAUACUGCUUAAUAAAAAUGUGUAAUUAUUUUACGACUGCCAUGGUUUUGAAACGAAACAGAAAUGGGGUCUGUUUGGUUUCUUCAGCCGCUGUGUGUAAGACAAGUCAAAGCUUUACAAAGGGCUGCUUACUACUAUUUUCCUCAAUGUUUAAAGAUGCCCACCUUGAUCGUUAUGCCUAAAUUGAUGACAGAACUCUAGGAAAACUAGGUCAAACAGCAAACUCUUCAAAUACAAAUCAAUAUCUGCUUCACAGCCAAAAGUGUCACAGAAGAACUGCACGUGGAAAAAUGCCCCCAAACUACAAAUUGGACAUGGUAGCUGCUUGCAUUGGGUCACUCCUCUGACCCUUGAACAUGUGUUGCUAGGGUGUCAUCCAUAACUGCUCUCCCCCUUGUAUGUGAAUUCAGCAACCUAGUCUGCAACAUCUGGACCUUUCUAUCUAUGUCUUGGUCAAGGCAUGAAUCUAGAUGCUUUUCUCACAUUUUAAGGCAGGGGUCGGCAGCCUAAGGGUCCAUGGGCCACAAGCGACCCACGGGGGUCGUUUAACCAGCCCAUGAGUCACCCCCGAACUGAGCUGCCCACCCGGCAAGUCUCCGCCGAGGACUCGCUUCCACGGCACUGGAAAUCGUGUCUGCGCGGACGCCGGAAAUCACAUCUGCACAGGCGCAGACACUGGAAAUCGCAGGCGCACGUGCCAUCUGGCCCACAGAGGGAUCUCCACUGGAGUGAACCAGCCCAGGUAAACCUUGCCCACCCGUUUUAAGGCAUGGUUGCCUGGUUCUUCUAUGAAUACAUGAUUGAGCAGAAAGAAAAAUGAGUAGAAACUGCCUAAUACAUGUGGUGCUUGGUGCAGUGUGGCCUAGAUGUCACUGUGCCAUAGAAUCUACCUACCUAGACACCGAUUCAUCAGCACGGGCAUAGUUGGUGAAUAGGAGCAACAUGCAGCCUAAAGUUCUUUAGACGGAGUUGCUUUGCUGCUCUCUGUAUCUAAAUGGUUCUCUUGUUUGCAUGUUUAUUUUCACAUGUAACUGAAAAAUGUUUUCAAACCCUUGAGGCAUUUCAGUGGCAGAAUCUCUCUGCUGAGGAAAACAUUCAUGGAGUGUGCUUCUCGUGUGCUUAUCCAUGGUAACUAAACUGGAACUCUCUGUAUGGAGGAGGAAUAUCUCUCUUGCUAUCAUUUUCAUGCCCUGCUUUGUGAGCACUCAAAAUCAUCAGGCUGCCCACUGGAAAUAGAAUGCUAGAGAGAUAAAUGUUAAAGGGUGUCCUUAUACUUAUUUCAUGUACGUAUAUGCUUAUCAGAUUUCUGUGCAUAAAAUAGCUGAAGUCCUAGAGAUAGACUUGACCAGAAUAAGCCAUGUGAACAAUAAGAAGUGAAACCUAAGGCGAAUAUGUUAUUGGCUUUAAAUGACUUGGUUCUAAUUUGUUUCCAGAAAAAAAUUCUGCCUUUUUUGAAAUCAAGUUUCAGCGUGUGUAGCUUAUGAGGCAAACUCUUCUUUCUCGAAGUGCCAUUAAAAUGACUACCUUGUGACAAAUGAAAACUGAAUGCUAGAUAAUAAAUAAAAUGUUUUGCAUACACACACACAUAAUUUAAAUGUUAUUGUCAUGAGGUGCAAUGUAGCCAUCUACUCUCUGAAAGUCUGCUCAUCUCAAUAACUGUACAUGUGAUGUAUUUUAUGGAUAUAAAUCAAACUGGGCUUUAUGUACAUCAUCAAGAGAACAUGAGCAACCCUUCGAUGUAUGAGAAAUCUCGCUGGGUCCAGCGGGGCUUGCUCCCAUUUCAGUAUGUUUAGCAUUGCAACCUAGGUCCUAUCUGGAGUUCACUUGCUCAUUUGUUGGACCCACUGAAACCAGCACUUAAUACCUGGAUCAUACACCUGCGACAGUUUUGUUUCCAUCCCUACACUCCAUGAUAAACUGACGUGACUUGAAAAGCAUUGCGGGAGAGGUGAUGUUAUCUGCCCGAGGUGGUGUUUGUGGCUGCCCAUGCAAGGCUGCUUUGACUAAGGUCAAUAUACCAGUGGAUACAUCCAUUCCCAACAGGGCAAGGCUAUGUUUGCUGACUGUAGUGUCCUUUCACUGUAUUCAGCACAUUGUUCUUUCUUAAUAAUAGCUCUGAAUUAAAGUUUCUGGAGAACUGCAGCUCAUAACUGUCUUUGGGUCAUUGGAACCUGUUCACUACUAUGUGCUGUGACCAUGGCAACAUGAAAUAUUGCAAAUAUCCACAAAACGGCAAUCGCCAAACAAUGUAUGAUAGAUAAAUAAGAAAUAUGCCAAGUUCUGUGAUUAUUAUUUUUUAAAUUGUCAAGUGUAUCUGUAAUGAAUCAUUCAGACCUGUAAAACCUGUGACCAAUCAAGCCAAAUGUAUAUGACCAGCCUUAAAAAGUUUCUCACUAGUGGCACGGGGGAGGGGGAGGGGAAGGGUACCUCCAAUAUUAAAUUAAUAUAUCCUGCAUUCAUAAAAGCCUAAAAGAGAUUCAUUAUUACUAAACUGUAACAGAAGAAAGCACAAUAUGUUGAAAGACUACCAAGGACAUCCUAACCUAUCCACUUACCUACUUGGCUUCUUCUAAUUUUAUACAGCCAUACUACUGGCAUAAAAUGCAUUGUAAAAACGUUACAUUAAUUAUCCAUGCUGUGGUGGUAAGAAUAAGCACUCCUCCUGUCACUGUUUUGAAUACAUUCUUUGGAUGU